AUGUCAAAGUACGAUUUCACGGGACGAGUAGCCCUGAUAACGGGGUCGAGUUCGGGUAUCGGCGCCGCCACAGCUAUACUAUUGGCCAAAAUGGGUGCACAAGUGGUGAUCACCGGACGUAAUGUCAAUAAACUGGAGAAUGUGGUCAAACAGUGUGCAGAAGUGUCGCCGACGGGUCUGAAAGCGGUUCCAGUGGUGGCCGACGUAACUAAAGAGGCAGAUCUCGACCGACUUCUGGCCACUACUGUACAGAGUUUUGGGAAACUGGAUAUUUUGGUCAAUAAUGUCGGCUAUUGGCAGUUGUGUCCCAUAACUAGCGAUGAUUAUAUGCAACACUUCUCGCAUAUUAUGUCCACAAACCUCUUAUCGGCCGUCUAUUUAACCCAUAAAUCAGUUGACUAUUUGAUAAAAACUAAAGGAUCCGGACUAAAUAUGUCGGCCUACGCUAUGACAAAGUCUGCGCUCGACAUGUUUACUAAAUGCCUGGCCGUCGAGUUGGGCCCCAAAGGCAUACGUGUUAAUUCACUCAAUCCGGGCGCUGUUUACACGGAUGCCAUGCAGAAUAGCUUUGGCAUGACUGAAGCCGAGGGCAGAGAUUUAUUUGAUAAAUUCGCGGCCGAUUAUCCGGUGGGACGGGUGGGCGAAGGCGUGGAUGUGGCCAAUGCCGUGGCCUAUCUGGCCAGCAAUGAGGGUAGCUUUAUCACCGGCACCAAUUUCGUGAUAGAUGGCGGACACAUUGCCGCCAAUAUUAAUGUCAAAGGUGUUUAA